AUGGCGGUUGGCCAAGGCGCCGCUGACCAUGUUGCAGUCACAGAGGGGGAUGAAUUGCCGGUGGAGGACCCGAAAACCACAGUGAGACAAUUAGCUCAACAUCAUGCAGAAAUCCGGGCAGAAUCGUGGAGGCACGUCGGCCAUUGGAAGAAUCACUGUCGUCGUAUGCGUCCACCCGCAAAUACCAGCCCUUUUGAUUGGCCGACUUUUGUCGGAUAUGUUGCAUCAAAUAAGAGACCUGGUUUGUCUUGGACACAUCAAGGGUCCACCGUCGGUUUGCAGGAUAACAUGGCGUUACCCCGGUCCCCGAACGCUCAAGGUUUGAAGGCUAAAGUCAAAUGCUAA